AGAGAGCUCAACCUUACUUUCUGAAGAACAAAGCAGGAGCAGUGCAAGCCAGAUCCACCUGGAAUUUGGAUACUUGUAUCUUUAUUACUAUGACACCAAAAGAGCCAGGGAACAUUUCAGCGCUGCUCAGUCUGUGUUAGGUUUACAAGUUGAACUAACAGGUGCCCUUGGAAAAAGGACAAGAUUUCAAGAAAAAGACUGUUCUCAAUUAAUUGUGCUGGUUCAUAAAGAUGAGAGCAUCACUGGAAUGCCAACAGAUGAGUGUACAGAUAUGUGUUAUAAACAAAACCUUCCUAGGGAUGUUCCAUUGACUGAUGAUACAUUUCUGAAUAAAAUCCAACUCAAAGACACAAAUCUUCAAAAUACGAAUGGAACUGUUCUCAGUCCACUAGAUCAGGCUGUCAUUUUGGGACUAACUCAUGAAUAUCAAAAGAGUCAGGCUGUGCAAAGACUUGACAAAGAAAACUUGCUGGCAUAUCUGGAGGCAGUCACCCGUAAUCCCAAGGCUUGGUGUGUACAGAUGAUGGCAUUACUGAUGAGAAGCAAACUGGAAAAGGACUCUAAAAGGAGAAUGGAGAGGUCCAUGAUGCAGAUACAGACUCUGGUCGAUGCCAUAGAAAGUUCCUCUCCAAAGGUUGUGGAUAGGCAAUCUUUGUUUUAUUGUGUGCCUUUACCAUCAAAGUGGAAUAUUCAGAAAGAUUUAGCCCAACUGCUUCUUGAUCUGGGUGUGGUGAAAAGUGCCUUGGAAAUUUUUCAACGAUUGCAUUCUUGGGAGAAUGUUGUUUUUUGUUAUCAGAAUUUAGGGUGGUAUGCAAAGGCAGAAGCUCUUAUCAAAGAUCAGCUUAAAAUAAAAGAAACUGUACUGUUAUGGUGUCUGUUAGGUGAUACAUUAAAGGAUGCUACUUGCUAUGAGAAAGCCUGGGAACUAUCAGGGUGCCACAGUUCUAGAGCUCAAAGAUCUCUGGGAUAUCUGCAUUUAAGGGCUAAGGAGUACUGCAACUCAAUACCAUGUUUCCAGAAGUCAUUGGCAAUCAACUCAUUACAGGAAGAUGUAUGGUUUUCUCUUGGUUGUGCUGCAAUGGCUUCAGAAAAUUUAGAACUUGCAUCUAAAGCAUUCCAUCGCUGUGUGUCACUUGAUAGUUGGAAUGGGGAAGCUUGGAAUAAUCUUGCCAAUGUCUAUAUCAAAAAAGGCCUGAAAUCACAAGCACAUCUUGCUCUCAAGGAAGGUCUGAAAAUGAAUUAUGAGAGCUGGCACAUGUGGGAAAAUUUCUUAGUGGUGAGUGUGGAUGUUGGUGCAUUUAAUGAUGCAUUGUUAGCAUAUCAUCGUAUGAUGGAUUUGCGUGAUAAGUACUGUGAUACAGAGAUUUUGGGCAUUCUGGUGAAGGCAGUGAACCAGGGAACUUUGGACAAUCAUGAACAAUCAGCAUCUUGUCUUAAACCAAAGCUGCUUGAACUAAUGGGAAGACAAACAUCUCAGGUAACCAACAAUUCUGAUUUGUGGAAGCUCUACUUUGACCUCUACUGGAAUAGCAAGUCUCAAGAAGAUAAAGAGAAGGCACUUAACUUCCUGGUGAAGGCUCAUCGCACCAGAACCCAGGCUCCAGGAUGGGAGACUGAUCUAAGUCAGUUUAAAGCAGUAGCAGAACUCACAUCUAACCUCAGUCAAGUUUACAUUCAAGUGAGUCAAUAUAAGGAGAAUAAAGCUGAAGCAGUACAGCUCUUAUCAUCAGCUAAACUUACUCUCAAGCAGCUUAUUGCAAAGGCCAAAAAAUACCACUCAGAUUUACUAACUGGGAAUGGUCUGACUGAACUCUCUCAAAUCGUGGUUGACUUGGAGGCCAGCCUCCAAAACAUUGUUGACUUAAUUACCAGUUUCAAAAGCUAAUUGUGUACCUUCAAUUAAAUAAAGAAAGCUUGGGAAUUUA